GUUCUCUAGUGUAGUUAGUAGCAAGAUGGCAGUUUGUUGUUGUCGCAGUAUUAUUGUUAAUCUGGCAGGACAGUCAUGUUAAAGCGUGUAAUGAGGGAUUCCGUAUCGUAGGAAACGAAAAUUUAUUCGUUUGAAGUGUUAUUCGUUACCAGUGUUAUCGAGUCCGAUGGGUGCUAAAGCAAGUACGGCAAAUGGGGAAGGUUCGAGCCCACGUUCACGAACUUUUUCAACUGGCAGUGGUUCGGACGUUGGAGCAGUAGGUACUACUGGCUUCAGCUUGCUACGUUCUAUACCUGGUGUUGUGUCAAGUGAUCGUCAAAGAGCACGGUCCUUAUCCAGUGUCCCGGAUAGCCACUCCAGUAACGAAGCAAUAGGGAUACCGAACUCAAACGCAGGGGCCUAUGACAUAUCCGAGCCUGUGGAAACUGACAGCUCACCUGAGGACCACCUGUUAGAUAGCCCUUUAGCUGCUAAUAUCAGUCUUGGGAGAGUUUAUACCGCGCAUUCAUUGCCGUCACACAUUUGGUCUCUAAAUGGUAUAAAAUGUCCAGUAUGCUCAAAGUUCGUCCUUCCGGAUGACAUAGAAUGCCACCUUCUCAUGUGCCUCACCAAACCUCGACUCAGCUACAAUGAGGAUGUCCUGACUGAAGAUAAGGGAGAAUGUGUUAUUUGUUUCGAAGAUCUCCAACAGGGUGACACUAUAGCAAGGCUACCUUGCCUUUGUAUUUAUCACAAAAGUUGCAUCGACAGGUGGUUCGAGGUAAAUCGGUCCUGCCCGGAGCACCCCGGAGACUAACCUAGUGCCGACGUCGCUGCUUCUGUGCGACUGGCCCCGGGCACACCUGCUUCCCAGCUCUGUCGACCGGCCACAACGAAAUUAUUACGCUUCACGACAGCUGGUUCGAGUCCCCAGUCGGCACCUCUCAUAGCAAGUGUGAUGCCAUGAAGCUACACUCCUCGUGCUGGAACUGUUUUACAAAUGUUCACUUACUGGUUUUAUUAUGUUUUUGUGUUGAGAGUAGUUAGUUUGUUCGUUUUAUCACUUCCAACUAUAUCAUUUUUAAAUAGAUGAAAAGAAGGAACAAAUCAAAUAUAUUUGUAUAGCUAACUUUGUUUAAUCGAAUGACCAAAUCUGUAUCAGUUUAUUUAGUUUCAUGAAAAAGUUUUUAAAAUCGCUAUUGUUUUUAACAAACUUAUAUUUGUUUAAUGUAUUUUGGGUAUGAAAUUGCCAUUAGAAGAGAGAUUUUUUUGUGCAGCAUUUUUGAGUCUUUCACAACAUGUAGGGUUUGUAUUUUUGAUAGUUUGGUAGUGAAGAAGUUUGUUUGCCUAUUGAAUGUUAGAAAAACCAAAGAUUAAGAAUGAGUUGAGUUUUAAGGAGCUAUUCGAUUGUUCUCAACUGGUAAACCUCAUGUUUGUUUUAAUGUAAGAGUAUUUACUUUGGAGUUUGUAGGUUAGUUUCUGGUGAUUUAAGUGCCAUAUCAUUGGAGUUUUGCAAGUGCUAAUGAGCAUUAGCACGUUGUGAAUUCCGGUUGAAAAUACUAGUAUGAAGUGUUGAGUUCCAGCUGCAGAGGUGCUUGUUUUCUUUGGAGGGAAGUGGUAAUGAAUGAGUAUCUACCACAAGCAAGCACGGGAAUAGCAGUGUUCUCGUUUGUAGAGACGGGCACAUGUUGAUCUAACCCCAAGGGCUGCCGUUUUAUUUUCAAUACAUGCUGCACACAAUCGGUUGUUGCUAGAGGGGACCAAAUCCUGUAUUACUUGCCCGAAUAGCAUCCCGAAAGCUUAGUAUUUCCUUGAUAAUAUGGUAACAGCUUUUAAAUAAUUGUUGUAUUAAUCAUUUGUGAGUCAUUUAUGUUCAAUACAGUAAUUUUAAGUUUAAUGCAACAUAUUAAGAUGUUUAAAUUGUGAUUGUAUUUGAGAAGAUUAAUGUAAUUUUAAUUUCAAUUAUAUUUGCAAGAUGUUUAGUUCCUAAUUCUGUUUACAUGAUUUGAUUGCUGCCAACUUUCAAUGGUUACCCACGUUUUGUCUUGUGCCCUUUGUUGACCUGCUUUGGUUCACAUAGCAGGUGUGUUGAAGGGGAGAGAUGUUUCUACCUGCAUAAUGUCUUAUCACAGAAGUCUUAAUAUCUAUAGGAAAUCAGAUUGUUUUGUAAAUUUGUAAUUAGGGCAGAAUUGCUUUAUUAUAACCCAUGUGUACGUUGUGGUGCUAAUACAUAUAAAAAAAUGGUUUUGAUUUGGUGUAUGUGAAGAUAGAUCUAUUCAUUUUCAUGUACUCGUAAUUGAAGUUUGAAAUAGUGACCAUCUCAUGGUCAGAAUAGGUCAUUGCAGUUACAUGCCUUUCACAGCUUUUCUGUACAUUUUUUUUUAACCUUUUUUUCAUCUGUAUUGUACCACAAGUGGGCCAGCGAGUCAUUUCUUUAAAUGGCAUUGAUGUUGCAGCAGGGUGAGCGAGUGUGUGAAAAAAGCAGGCGGUAUAUUUUUGCCACAGCUGGUGUGCUGUGCACGUUGUUAUACUUUAAUGCCAAACGGUAUGUGCAUAAUGCCCAGAACACGGAAAUCACUAUCAUUUCUCUAAUUGCUGUUUAGAGGAAUUAGUAGUGCAUAAUACUUAAAUGUGUUCCAUUAUUUUAGGUAAUUUCUGUAACAAAAAAAAAAAGUGUAAACGGAAGAAAACUCAAGACAGUAAAGCAUGUUUUAUCAAAA